AUGGACAAGGGGUUCGGCUCUGGAGGCGACGUCAGGACUCCAGACGCGAGGAUCCAGCGCGCCCUCGGCCUCAACAUGUCCGCGUUCUCCUUCGUGCAGCGCGAGGACGACGCCGAGCUGGCCAAAGAGCUGGGCCACCAGGCGAAGCUCGCCGCCGAGGACAAGACGGCCGAGGACCGGAGCCGAGACUGGAUCUGCAUGCGCUCCAACGCCCAGGGGGAGGCCUGCAGCUCGCGGAACUUCGUGCGGAACGAGAAGUGCUACAAGUGUGGGGGCUUGCGGCCCAGCGGGGGCGUCACCGUGCGGACGCAGAAGGACGUCAACCAGGGCAAGGGCUGCCGGCUCGACGGCCACAAGUACCGCUGA